AUGGAGGAUUCAAAGAGAAUCAGUUUAUCUUUCUUUAAUUCUCCGAAGUUGUUUACGAGUUUUGCUUCGAAAGGUUUUCAUGAAAGUGAAACAACCAUGAUGAGUCCAACUUCAAUUCUCGAUAGCAAACCUUUCAAAAAGAAUCAUUUUUGGUCUGAAACAACGAAUAGUCCUAGAGCACAAGAACACCACAAACGUUGUUGUUGGGAAAAAAAACAUGAGUCAAAGGUUGUUGGUCUUGGUUUAGUUGAUGUUCUUGUUGAUGAUGAAAAGAACAGUGAAGUGAAUUCGAAGUUGGAAAACAGAACGGUUCUGUUUGGAUCUCAGUUGAAGAUUCAGAUUCCGUCUUUUUCUUCUUCGUCUGAAUCAUCAUCGUCGCCUUUAUCGAGAGGUGAUUUCGGAAUCAAGACUAUGAAUUCUCAUCUGGGUUGUUCUUCUGGAAGCUUCUCGGUCUCUCUUGUUGGAAAAUCUUCAUCUGGGUGUGGUGGUGAUUCUGUUGUUGAAAAUGAAAACUUGAAUUCUAGUAAUGGAGUUUUCAAAGGGUGUGUUUCUGCAAGUGAAAUGGAGCUUUCUGAGGAUUAUACUCGUGUGAUUUGUCAUGGCCCGAAUCCGAGAACUACUCAUAUAUUUGAUAAUUGUGUAAUUGAGAGUGGUUGUUUUGAUUUUGGAUGCUCUGUUUCUGUUAAAGAGAAUGGUUUUUAUUUUCCUCAUCCUAUUGGCUAUUAUCAGCAAUAUGAGAAUUUUCUGAGUUUCUGUUUUUACUGCAAGAAGAAUCUUGAGCAGGGUAAAGACAUCUACAUGUACAGGGGUGAGAUGGCAUUUUGCAGCCAUGAAUGCCGUAGCCAAGGGAUGUCCAUAUUGGAAGCCAAGGAUGUUUAUGAGACAUAA